AUGGAAAUCAAUAUACAAAUCAAGAAUGUGAAGAAGCCUGAAGACAUUGUCAAUGCUUUCGCUCUGCCCUGGGGCAGAACAGCAGACGUCCACUCCGCCGAGGAAGAAGAGAAGAUCGGGCCUCUGCAGCAGCAACUACUGCAGCUACGCGAAGAUCGCCAAGGUUGCCAGCGCCAGUGGCAGUGGAGCCAGAGCAAAGAUGAGGGCGACCCUACUAUCGUCGAGGUGAUCAGCCUGGAGCAGCAGAUGCAGGAGAUCUUCGUCCAGAACACCACCAACCAGAGCACAAGCAUCCAGAGCACAAUCGUCAUCUACACCGAGGCGCCCGGGAUCAAGGCUAAGUCGGCGCCACCGUCUUCGUCAUCUUCUACGCCACCACGACCGGCCACUACAGCGAAGGACAUUUACAGCAUCCCAGCAACGCCGUCCACCUUCAAGUUUCCCAAAUUCAUCUCCAAGUACGCGGUGGACUGGGACUCCUUCGAGGUCGCGGCCUUCCCGGUGCAAGAUGACAUGAAACGGUAUGUGGAAGCACUCUGCGCGAGUGCCAAGUUCCGCAUCUCUGGGGGCGUCUUGCUUGAGCACGACCUGACAUGGGACAGGGGCGGCGAAGCAACGCCGGAAACAAUGCGCAGGUUCUACUACCUGGCGGCUUCGGACCUGGCGCUCAAGGACAUGCUCCCCAUGAAUGCCCACGGAGUCUCCCAAUUCAAUUGCAACAUCUUCUAUGCGCUGGCGCACGACAUCUGCGGGGGUGAAACGGACGAGUACAACAUUGAUCAGGUCCUCAAGGACAGCAACGCCAAAGCAUUUUGCGUGAGUCGCAACCGCUACAGCUUCAACUACAUCGCCUUCGAGCAGCUUGCGCAGCCACCCUCCACACCCAGAAGCCUCAUCAACCAGCACCUCCGAGCAGCGAACAUUCAGCCAGGAGCCGUGGGCACCCAGCUCUUGGGCGGCAAGUUCGUGGUGGCAGAACCCACAGACCCCCCACACGGCACCGACAUGGACUAUGCCACCGCUGCCGCCUACAGCGCCACAGCCAGCAGCAAGCCUCCCACCAGCUCCUUGGCCGCCAUUCCCGCAGCUUUCAAGGAGGAUGGGGAGCACUACGAUGCCAACUUGGUCUUCAAGUCCACCCUCAGGAAAACCGUCGAGCCCUCCGCAUGGAGCCGAGCCAAAGGACUUGCAGGCAUGGACAUUCGCGAUGUCACAGUUGCUCAUCUCAGCAGACGAGGUUUGGAAGAAUAUGGACUUCGCCCCCUCUCUCACGGGCGAUUUACAGGAAUUAUUCUUACCCGCAACGUCGCCGAGACCGUCCUCCUCUCGCAAAUACAAAAGAGGCUCCACGAAGACAACAUUGACGUCGAUGCCACCAUCGAGGCCAUCUACAAGUCCAAAAACCUCAAACUGCCAGACAAAGUGAAGGUCAAGAACUGCGUGAAGAACUCCGAGCAAGACAACCAGGUCGCGCUACGCAUGCAAGAGCUCGAGGAGGAAGUACUACCUCCAGGACCUCCGCCCGACAGCGCUCAAGAAGAUCCUCCCCUCAAGCGACGUCGUGCUCAGCGCGGAGACAAGAAGAAGCAGUACGAACAAUUGCUCGAGGAGCCCUACAACGUCAUCAAGCAGGGUGGACAGCAGCCCCCAACGAGCAUGACCUCCAUCAAAACCUGGGUCAUCAACCUCAAGAAGACCAUGCCAGCCGACAAGCGCAAGGAGCUGGACCAGCAUAUCCAGCAAGUCCACAACUUGCUCGAAGAGGGCAAGUACACCAAGGUGCAACUCCAGGAGAUGGCCACACG